GGACGGAGAGACCAACUUCAACAAUGGAAUGCUUUGUUUUCUCCGCUUUCCGCAACUCUAACCGCUACUUCCUUCCUCACUUUUGAUUCUCAAAUUCGCAUUUUCAUCACACUAUCAAAUGAUUCAGCAGUCGCUUUUCAACCGUUCUUCAAUCUCCUUCUCCGCCCCACUUCCCACCACAUCCCGAAAACGCUGCGGUUUCCUCAACCCGAUUCGAUGCGACGCCACGGAUUCAUCGCUUUCUCCGUCGCCGGCGUCGAUUCCCGCCCCGCCAAAGCUGAUGGAAUCGGAACGCAAGAGCGGGUCCUACCCUGGUGGGUUGGGCCCUUACACUGGCAGAGACCCCAAUGUUAAGAAGCCACUGUGGCUGCGGCAGAGAGCUCCCCAAGGCGAAAGGUUCCAAGAGAUUAAGGAAUCUUUGUCCCAUUUGAAGCUCAACACUGUUUGCGAGGAAGCUCAGUGCCCCAACAUUGGAGAGUGUUGGAAUGGAGGUGGGGAUGGUAUUGCAACUGCAACAAUCAUGGUUCUUGGGGACACUUGCACCCGUGGAUGUAGAUUCUGUGCUGUCAAGACUAGCAGAAACCCUGCACCUCCUGAUCCUAUGGAACCAGAAAAUACUGCAAAGGCUGUUGCUAGUUGGGGUGUUGAUUAUAUUGUCCUAACAAGUGUCGACCGUGAUGACCUACCUGAUGGAGGAAGUGGGCAUUUUGCUCAGACUGUUAAAGCUAUGAAGAAUCUCAAACCUGAGAUCAUGGUUGAGUGUUUAACCUCUGAUUUUCGGGGUGAUCUGAAAGCUGUUGAAACUCUGGUUCACUCUGGAUUAGAUGUCUUUGCUCACAACAUUGAGACAGUCAAACGGCUUCAAAGAAUUGUUAGAGAUCCUAGGGCUGGGUAUGAGCAAAGCUUGUCAGUUCUAAAGCAUGCAAAACAUAGCAAAGAGGGUAUGAUAACAAAAACAUCUAUAAUGCUGGGCCUUGGAGAAACUGAUCAUGAGGUGAAAGAAGUGAUGGCUGAUUUAAGGGCCAUAGAUGUUGAUAUUCUGACAUUUGGUCAGUAUUUGCAGCCGACUCCCUUGCACUUGACUGUCAAAGAGUAUGUUACACCGGAGAAGUUCACUUUCUGGAAAGAGUAUGGGGAGUCUAUCGGUUUUCGUUAUGUAGCCAGUGGGCCACUGGUUCGAUCGUCGUACAGGGCUGGAGAGCUAUUUGUCCAGACAAUGGUACGCGAAAAAGCCAAGACCGCUGGUGACUCAUCGUCCUGAAUUUUUUAUCUUUGAUUAUGCAUAGCAUACAACACAAGAUUAUGAGUUCUUCACAAGUGCUGCUGCAAGAAAAAUUGGUUACGUGAGGAGACAAAAUUUGAUAUGUUUGAUGUCAGAUACAUUGUUAUGUUGGCAUUACAUUAUCUGUGUCAGUCCUGUUUCUUGAUUCAAAUUCUUUAACAAUCAAUUUACGGCAGUUAUAACUUAUAAGACAGAAUCUACACCAGAAGAAGAAAGAGGACAACAAACUCAGAAGCAUCAGAACUCCAGAACUGUAAUUGAGUUAUUAUAGGAAAGGCUGUAUUUAGUUGACUUUCUCUUCAUUAUUUUCUUGAUCUAAUAUAUUUUUAUUAUUUUA